AUGAUUAUCUUACUAAAACAACCUAGAAUAAGACCAACUAUAAACAAUUUAGUAUCACUAAGGUACUCAUCAAACAGGUUUGCAAACCUAUAUCAAAAACUAGAAAAACAGAGAGAAAGAACACCUCGAAAAUCAUCAAAUUCAAAAAAUCCAUCCAAAAUUGAACCAAAAAAUUUUCAAUUCACCCAAGGUACAGAACAAGCACAAACAUCAAUAAAACAAAUCAUAUCUAAAUUACCCAAUCAAGUAGAAGUAGUAAAUAAAAACACAAUUUCCAAACUGUCGUUACUUGAAGUUCUUAAAUCCAUAAAUUUAUCACAACAAGGUUUGAAAAUUUUAGAAACUUCGAAAAUUAAAAUCGUCCCUGUUUUAGAAAUGGUUCAAAGUUAUCGAGAUGAAUUAGCAAAACUUAAAGAAGCAGAACUCAUCAAAUCUGGAUCAUUCAAAGCUAUGAAAUCAAUGAAGAUGAAACUCGACAAGGAAAGGAAAAAAAGUAGUGAUAAAUUCAUCGAUAUAAAUUUUAAAAUAUCAAUUAAUGAUUUGAAAACUCAAAAACGUAAAGAAAUAGAACGAGCCUUGGAAAAAUGGGAUAAAUUUCAUAUUUAUAUUAAUGAUAAAUUGAAAAAAAUGAGUGAUGAAGAAAUGGAAGUUGAAAUAAAGAGAAAAGAAAUGAUAAAAGAGAAAUUUGAAUUGAUUUUAAAUGAAUUGCAAUGUAAAUGGGAGUUGGAAGGGCAAAAUGAGAGGAGUAUAAGUUAUAGUGUGAUUUCAAAUGUUCAAAAAAAGAAACAAGAUACAACAAUUAAUGCAAAUAGUAAUAAAGAAGAUUCAAGAAGAGAGAAGAAGAUAAAUAAUGGAGAGAAAAAGGUUAAGAAGUCUGUUUCCGAAGAUGAAUUGGAUAAUUUGUAUCUGUUUAAAAUUGAAGAUUAA